AUGCCCGCCCAGCUUCCCCGUGCGGCGUUCGACCCAAUAUCUCCUGACUUGGAUGUUCGUUCCCUCGUCGAAUCGACGCCAAAUUUCGAGUACGUCGCCAGGAUUCAUUGCGAUUCUAUUGACGAACAUGGAUUAGAGACCUUUGAGAAGUUAGUCUUGCUUCAUGUUGUCUUGGGUGGGCAGCCUCUUGUCAUUGAAGGGUAUGAUCAGAGGUUAGAUAAAUCCAUAUUUUCAGAAAAAUGGCUACGGGAUAACUAUUCAAAGAAAACUGAAAUCGCGCGCAACCUAACGAACAAAUCCGACCUUCCGCUUACUGUCGGCCAUUACUUGAACAACAUGGCACUCUUAACCGACCAGUGGAACGAAUCCACUUAUAGAGAUCCCGAUUUUCAGAGAAUAUAUCUCAAAGACAUCGAUUGUCCUCCCUUGUGGCACGAAGAAUUAAAAGCGCUCAUUCCACCUUCACUUUUCUACUUUAACGAAUCACGAACAGAUCCCUUUCAAGGUCCUGGGUCCGCAUCUUUGGCUUCUGGUCAGUGCGAGAAGGAAGAGGAAGUAUCAAAACCUGGAGACCUUAUGAGCUGCCUCCCAGCAGACAUGCGUGCUGAGAACCUGAUGUGUUACAUUGGUCAUGAAGGUACUUACACGCCUAGCCACCGAGAGAUGUGUGCGACCCUCGGACAUAACAUAAUGGUGGAGGCAUCAAGUGGGCUCGUAGAGCAUGGAAAACGGACUAAACCAGGCUCGUCUAUCUGGUUUAUGACAGCAAGCAAGGACCGCGACGUUGUUUCCGAGUAUUGGAUGUCCACUCUAGGACAUGACCUUGAGAUAGAGGACCACUUCGCCCAGAUAAAUGCUUGGAAGGCGGCACCUUUCAAGACGUACAUCGUGGAGCAAAAGCCAGGUGACUUCAUCCUCAUACCUUCUCUUGCCGCUCACCAAGUUUGGAAUCGGGGAACCAGGACGGUGAAAGUGGCAUGGAAUCGCACUACUGUGGAAACCCUGGAAAUGGCCUUGAACGAAUCUCUCCAUAAAGCAAGAAUGGUUUGCCGGGAUGAACAAUAUAAGACCAAGGCAAUAGUGUUUUACUCACUUGAGCGUUACUCAAAGCUUCUCCGGGAUGCUCACGAAAACGGUGUCCGAUCCCAGAAGCUCCAGCAGUUGCAGAAAGAGUUUCAGCGACUAUACUCCCUAUAUACGCAGAUUCUUCUGUCGGAGAGUUUCUCAGAGAAUCUGCCGGGGGAGAAGAAUGUUGAGUUGCUUCCUUUCGAAGGGAACAUCACCUGUUCUUAUUGCCGGUGUAAUGUUUUUAAUAGAUUCCUCACGUGCCCAUGGUGUGUGGGAACGCUUUCUUCUUCAGAAGAAGAUAAUUAUGAUGUUUGCAUGGAAUGCUACGCUAUGGGUAGGAGCUGUGCUUGCAUCUCGAAGUUGAAAUGGGUUGAGCAAUUCCGCUGGAGCGAGCUCAUUGAAAAGCACGAACGCUGGAGGCAUCAGAUCAUCAGCUUUAGAGGCUUUGUUGAUGAUGGCUAUCAACCUCUUUCGGUAGAAAGAAAACGAUUGGGAAAGAAGACGCUUGCAGAAGUUUGUCAGGAGCAAUUGAGGAGGCGACCGUGGGUAGACAUCACUAAACCGCCAGCCAAAAGCAUGGUCGGCGAAGAAGCGGACGACCCCGAUGAUCCUGGCCGUCCUCGAAAACGCAGGAAAGUUCACAAAUCUGACAAGUGGCACAAGGAAAAUGGCAGUUGUCAUAUUUGCAAGGCUCCUGAUGCAUUAUGGAGACUGGCCUCUUGCUCCUGCAAUUUAAGCUAUUGCUAUGGUAGCUUGUUCAGAGCCUUUAACAUACAGCCCCAGAGCAUCAUGGAGAAAUUUGAAUGGACGUGUCCAAGAUGUCGGAAGAUUUGCAGUUGCGGGGCAUGUCGCAAAGACCCAUCUAUGACACCCUUCGAGCCCAUAUAUACUUCACUGGGCCAUGAUACAAAAAAGAUUGCAGACCCUCGAAGUGUCGAGAGUCUGGUUGACUUCCGGCAGUCGAAUAUCCGGUGGCUGAAGAAAACUGGCAACAGUACGUCGGAUUCUCGCCGCCUCAAACUACGGCGGAAAGAGGCUGAAAAGGACAAAAACCGUCUAGAGUUUUUGGACGAGCAUGGCAUUGAACUAGGACCCCCUAUUCCUAUCGAGAAGGGAAAUUCGCACCUCACGGACUAUGAAGACAUACCCGUCGAUCCAGCCCUGGAAUUAGAUACUGGAGUGAUUAGACUGUCUUCUGAAGGCGGGAGUGUAGAUUGA